AUGGUUGAUGAAGCUAGACAACUGGGAUUUGAAGAUGGGAGGGAGUGCCCGCGGCUGAGCAAGCUGGCGAUCGAGUACUUGAAGAGGACCAAUGGGUGUGAAGAGGACAUCUUCGGGUUCUUUGCUAGCGAACAGGACGCGAAAUCGCUGUGCGAGAAGCUCAUCGAUGAGUUCGAGCAAUGCAUCCUCAGUUACUUUGCGUUCCAUUGGAGAGAAGCGUCUGCUAUGAUUAGUCAGGUGCUGAGUGACGAGCCCAAGACUGGGAUAAAGCUCAAGCACUUUGUGUUGGCCGCUACCAGGAAACUGAGAUUUGAGAAGGUGGCCAGGGACCUAAAAGUAACGAGGGUGAUAAGCACCUUGGUAGAAGAGAUGAAGUUGAUCGGAGGGCCCGUGCGUGAGGGCGAUGAAUUGACAGACGUGAUGAUGCCGGUGGCUCACAGUCGCAGAAGCCCGGUCUUCUUGCUCAUCGGUGGAGGUGCCGGAGCCGGAAAGAGCACUAUCAUCAAAGACAUUCUUCAGCAGCCACUCUGGGUUGAAGCAGCAAGUAAUGCCGUGGUAGUGGAGAUCGAUGCAUUCAAGGAGACGGAUGCUGUAUACCAGGCACUCUGUGCAAAUGGUCGUCAUGAUGACAUGCUUCAUACCGCUGAACUGGUACGCAUCUUCUUUCCUUAACUAUUUUAAGGAUAA